AGAGAAUAUUUUUGCAUUUUUUAAGGCGUACAUGAAUAGUCUUCGGAUGGAAGUCAGCAGUAACGGCAUUCACGUAACUGUCAUUUGUCCUGGCGCAGUGACGACGAAUUUCGUUUCGAACAGUUGGAAGGCACUUGAAGGUAUACAAUGGUUGACCCGAGACGAUUACUCGACUUUUUUGAAUCCUUUGACUCCGGAAAGAUGUGCGAAGUUGACAAGUGUUGCCGUGGUAAAUAAGAUGUCUGAGGCCUGGAUUUCUACGCAUCCGCUGUUAAUCGGAACGAGAUUCUUCGUCGCGUUUCCGACCAUUGCUCAGUGGUGAGUCUAUAGUAUAUA